CAUCGAAUUCAGUUUGCGCCCAGCUGUCGGUGCGUUCGGUCGUGAAAAUUUGACGCUGCUCUCGUUCCGAUCUGUGUGCAGUGCUGUGCUUCCUUCAGGGGUUGAGGAUUAUAACUGUUCAGUAAGGAUUAUCCAACGGGUGCUCUCAACUGGAUGCAGCGAGGGUGGUGUUGUGCGGAAAAUUGAAAGAAGAUCUCACCCGAAGUGCACAAGGAUUCCCUAUAUCAAAGUGUACGUAGGUGUUGAUCACAUUGUGUUGCAGCAGCAUUCCGACACGGAAGUCCAUCAAAGUUAUAUGGAAAUACCGAGAGCAAAUUCAAUCAAUUCACUGAAACGAAUGAUUGGAAUUGAAUUCAUAUGCAUGCUUCGAGUAGAGUCGAGAAUUAUACUUGGAGUGUAAGUGAGUGAAAAAAUAAAACUGUGGAACAAGUUUCUGCGAAUCAAUCGUCUUUAUACAUACCAUAAGCAGUGAGGUGCGUUCGAAUGCGUUUAUUGGAUUGCAAUAAUAGUGAUGGCCGUUGAUGAAUAAUAUAGGAAGCCAAAGGUUCGCAACCGACAGUCGCAGCUUCAAACCAGCAACAAAGAGAGCUUACGAAUCGUAUUAUCCAACACGGUUCGAAUCCGACCCGGCUCAUAAUCGAUGAGGCUGAGUGCUUCGAUAGUAUAAGUAAAUUCCACCGAAUCCUUCGUCAAAGUAAUAAUGACAGAGGCCACAUUUGUGUACGGCGUGGAGUUGAGAUCACCUCCACCAACAACGGCAACCAGCCAGCUCACGCAGUACGAGCGUUUUCUGAAGACUAAAUCCAUGACCGAGCAGCUACUAAUGAGCCAUCAUUUUUCCUACGGCCAAACCCAGCUCCCACCGAACAUGACGGUCCUGUCAUCCCUGUUCUCGAACACCGACCUCUACACAACAACCGUGACGCCGUUUCUCAGUCAUUCGAGUACUGCCGCGAAUUUGUCAUCCUCGUUAAGUCACUGGCCCGGCGAAGCUACCGCUGUGACGGUGGACGGCACCGUUGGGAAUACGACGUCCAACGCGGGAAGCAAUUCCAGUGCGACGGCAGCCGGCAGCCGGGGCGGUGGCGAUUGGACAUUUCAGAACACUGUCAUUAUCCUGCUGUAUGCGGUUAUCUUUUUGCUAUCGGUGGUAGGCAAUUCGCUGGUGAUCCUAACGCUGGCGCAGAACAAACGGAUGCGGACGGUGACCAAUGUCUAUCUGCUUAAUCUGGCCAUAUCGGAUCUUCUGCUGGGUGUAUUUUGCAUGCCGUUCACACUGGUAGGGCAAGUUCUGCGAAAGUUCAUUUUCGGCAGGAUAAUGUGCAAAGUGAUACCGUACUUUCAAGCCGUUUCCGUUUCGGUGGCCGUGUGGACCCUGGUGGCCAUAUCACUGGAGCGUUUCUUCGCCAUCUGUCGGCCGCUUUCGUCGCGCCGCUGGCAGACCCAAUUCCACGCGUACAAAAUGAAUGCCCUGGUUUGGCUUCUGAGCUUUCUGGUGAACUCUCCCCUGUGCUACGUGCAGCGACUGCAACCGGUGCAUCGGUUGCGUUCAACGGCGACCAAUCUGACCAUCACCCUUGCCGAAACCAUGGCCAGCAGCAUUGAGCAGCCGAUGAAGUGCCGCGAAAUGUGGCCGGACCAAUCCUACGAACGGGCCUAUGUGAUCUUCCUGGACACGGGGCUUCUGUGCUUUCCGCUGCUUACGAUGGGAUUCGCAUAUUCGAUGAUUGUGUCGAAACUGUGGCGUGGACUGCGCCGUGAGAUACAGCACUCGAAUCAAAGUCAGAAACAUCAAUUGCAAAUCACCAACGCUACCACCUUUUCGUUGAAUUCAUUCCCCUCUGGCACCGGCACGAAAUCCACUAUUCUUCCAACGCAAACCCAGGAAACCAGUUGUUACCUCCUUCCAACAGGAGCAAACCCACCGACCAGCAGCACUCAACCCAACUCGUCAUCAAAACGCUUUUCCAGCUGCAGCAGCAAUAACAACAAUUACUGCUAUGCAAACUACCCAGCGAAUGGACUGCACCAGCGGGGAAAGCACGCUGGAUCACUGGACCUGAGUGGAUGCGCAGCCAUCGACAAACGCUCCCGGACUCGGUUCCGCAUAUUGAAGAACUUCAUGGGGUGCCGCCACCAGAAAUGCCCACACAACCCCAUAAUCGCCCUCAACUCUACCGCCAUUAUCACCCCAACGCCAUUGUCUGACAGCGCCGGAUCGUCUUCCAACAAUGCCGGAGUUGCAAACAAACUGUACACCCUCACGCAAUCGCCAUCAUCAACAGCAAAAAUCACAGCCUCUAGUUCGGAAACAGUUUUCCCCGACAUCGGCAACAGCAGUGGAGUCGGAGCCAUCGCAUCUCUCAGUAAGCCAAAGCCAUCAUUCAAAAUGGGCAGCAACACUGCUGAUAAUAAGCUGACGUUAUCGACGUCGACAACGGUUGGUGCCGCUCUCAUCAGUGCGGAUCCACCGGUCCUACCGAUUGCUUCCUCCUUCCCGCACCACGCCAUUCGGUCCAACUAUAUGGACAAAAGCAUCGAAGCCAAGAAGAAGGUUAUCAGGAUGCUGUUUGUCAUCAUUUUGGAGUUCUUUGUCUGCUGGGCCCCGCUACAUAUACUGAAUACGGUCUAUCUUUACUCCCCAGCAUUCGUCUACAAGUACGUCAGCAGCAAUGGCAUUGCCCUGGUACAGUUGAUGGCAUACAUCAGCUCCUGCUGCAAUCCGAUUACCUACUGUUUUAUGAACCGCCGCUUCCGUCAGGCAUUCCUCAACAUUUUCAGCUGCUACAAACAACGAAUGUUUCGCCGCCUGUGCUGUUGCUGCCGCUGCAAGCCAGUCGAUACCCAGUUGGACGCGGAAUCCAAGUCCGGUGGAUCGAGGGCAAAUGCCGGCAAUACGUGCGGUCCCGGCACCGGAGCCAACAAUUCCGACAUUUCCGGAAAUGAUUCUCUGGCCUACGCCGGCCGGAGUAUCGUUCAGCGUUCUGAGAUCGUGGUUCUAGAAUCCGAGGAUCGGGUUUAGCACCGGCUCCGAUCACGUGACAAGCUCGGUUUCGAUUGUCAACUCGAUCAGUUCCAAUCGGAUCUCCCAUCAAGUGACCCGGAUCAUCGAAACCGACCCCGAGGAUGCAACUUAUCGUUUCAAAAUCACGUGGUCAAAAUCUUCUUCCUCAACUAACCAGCCCAAGACUGUCAAUGGUUGUGAUAACGAACGGUAUUCAUAGGGAAAGAAAAGAGCAAAGACAACAAAGCGGAUCGAAUACUGCUGGAUGCUUUACUCCUAUUGUCCAUCGUCCCUUGGUGUCAUUUGUACCCUUUCCUUCGUCUUAUACCCUAGUUUCGACUAAAUUGUGAACAAAUCUAGGAUAUGUGCAGAUGUGUUUAAUGUAAGGUUACUGUUCCUGGAUGUAAGCUCAUUCUUAAAGCGAUUUAAAGCAUAAAUUAUUCUGUUUAUAAUGAUGAUAUCUAAAUACAGCAAAAAUAAUUGAAUCAGAA